AAAAAUUAUCGUCAUGGCAGGAGAGGGAUCAUCGAGUUCAAGAUCCUUAGGUGAUCAAUCAGCUGCUGCUCCUAGCCGCUAUGAAUCCCAAAAGAGAAGAGAUUGGAACACUUUUGGUCAAUAUUUGAAGAAUCAAAGACCUCCAGUUCCACUCUCCCAAUGUAAUAGCAGCCAUGUUCUCGAGUUCCUUCGAUACUUAGAUCAGUUUGGCAAGACUAAAGUUCACUUGCAAGGUUGCAUGUUUUAUGGCCAGCCUGAGCCACCUGCCCCAUGUACUUGUCCGCUUAGACAAGCUUGGGGCAGCCUCGAUGCCCUCAUCGGAAGGCUUCGCGCCGCCUAUGAAGAGAACGGAGGAUCCCCAGAAAGCAACCCCUUUGCUAGUGGUGCAAUAAGAGUUUAUCUUAGGGAAGUGAAGGAGUGCCAAGCUAAGGCAAGGGGAAUCCCAUAUAAGAAGAAAAAGAAGAAGACUUCCCCAUCAGGAGGCAAAGGAGAUGAUGAGUCAAGUUCAUCCUUGCCAUUCUCCUAAAUUCAAUCAAUGCUUUCAACAAAUGGACCAUGUUGGUUGAUGGAGUAGUGGACAAGUCCAACCGGG